GCUGAAGACCAACAGAGCAACUGAAGGUGGCGCUACAUGAAAUGAAUGGUUAUGGAAUGGGUUGACAUGGCCCCUUAAGACCAACAUACACAAAAAAGGUCGUCCUCCUAGAUCAACUAUCCUCUGCAACAUCCGUCUACUGUGAUCAAUGGAAAUAAUAGAAUUUAAUGGAACUCUGACAACUGUUGACUACUACUCUGAUGGUUACGGAUCAUACUAUGAUGAGCCAGUGUCGCCUGAAGAGGAUGUGCAGGAUGACUUCCAUGGGAUUUUCUCCGCCAUCUGCUACAGCCUGAUCUUCUGCGUCAGCCUGGCUGGGAACAGCUUCCUGCUCUGGAUCCUUCUGCGGCAGGAGGACCUGAGGCAGACGUCCAGCCUGCUGCUGCUGCACCUCACGGGGUCCGACCUCGUCUUCACCAUGCCGCUUCCAAUCUGGGCAGCGUAUCACAUCCACGGCUGGGUGAUGGGCGAGGUGGCAUGCAGGCUUCUGAGUGGCGUACUUUUCCUGGGCUUCUACAGCUACAUAGCCUUCCUCACAGCCAUGACUGUGCACCGGUACAGGGCAGUCGUGCACGCCGUCACAGCGUCCUCCUUCAAGCCCAAUGUUCACCUUCUGAGUGGCGGCCUGUGGGUCCUCUGUUUGGCCUUCAGCAUACCAGAGAUGGUGUUCUCAGGGACAAAGGAUGGAGGUGACUUUGUGGACUGCAGCCAGACCUACGGAUCAUACAUGCCAGAGUAUCUCAUUUAUGACAUCCAGGUUCCAAUUUUCUUCUUGUUGCCAUUUGCUGUCAUGACGUUUUGCUACUUGCGGAUAUGGUUUCGCAUUCGUAAAUGCAGGAUGAAGAAGAAGAACCAGGCAGUGAGGCUGAUCUUCAUCAUUGUGGUGGGCUUCUUUGUCUGCUGGGCACCGUACAACAUAAUCCUCUUCCUCCACUCACUGAACCUCCAUGGCCUGAUUCCUGCCGAACUCACACAGUCAGUCACCUUUGACUAUGCCUACACUGUGUUCCACACCCUGGCCUACGCCCACUGUUGCCUCAGCCCCCUCACCCACAUCUUGGGUGCGGGAAAGUUCAGAGAACGUGUCUCUGUUGGCGUCCGGCGGCUGUCCGUUAGAGACAGGUCCCAGACUUUCAGCGCACACAACCAUUAAACUGAACUGUCAAGGUCUGGACAAACCUACAUUCCGUCAUCCCGCUCCAUUGGUCUACUUGUCUCACCCCAAGUUGAUGUUGCACUAUUGAAUGUUAGAUCAAUAACUACCAAGUGCUUUUUAAAUGACAUUAUUAUGCCCCAUCACCUGGACUUUUUAUUUGUGACUGAGAGACAUGACCUUUUGUCAUUGUUGAUAUCUGCCCUCCCCAUUUCUAUUCUUUAAGCUCCCCAAGGUCUUUUGUUCAUGGUCAUCUUCAAUGACUGUUUCAAAUGUUGAUAAAUACCUGUGUCUUGAGGUGCAGCUUCUGUUGAUUAAUGUGCCUGCUUCUGUCCUAUGUAGGCUACUGUAUGUAUGCUCUGGUGUACAAGUCUUGUGAAGUCUUUUAAUUUAACUCACCUCUACCCCUCCCUCCAUUCUAUAAACUCCCACAGCUGCUAUUUUCUCCAAGUCUUUCAACAAGACCUCUCAACUCCCUGACUAACUGAGUCCACCCACACACACACCAAAAAGGAUCAACUUGAAGUAAAACUGAAGGGAUUUUAUUUGGUUCCUCCAGUAUUGUCAAUAGCUCAAUCAGCGCACCAGGCCCCCUGUCUUCAAAUCUGCACAAUGUUAAAUAUCUUGGUGUCCAGGUUGAUAUCUCUCUGAAUCAAACAGGUGAGCAGUGUGGUGAAGGGCAGCUUUUAUCUAUAGCUGAACUUGAAACAUUUUUUUUCUUUUUAUCUCACAACGAUCUGGACACCAUUAUCCAUGCUUUUAUCACAUCCCGCCUUUAUAACUCCCUAUUCAUUGGUCAGACAAACUUAAAAGCUUCUUUUGGUUCAAAGAUUUGGCUCCAAUAUGAAGAGAUAGAGAGAGGGGGAUGAAGGAAGAAAGAGCUGAAGAGACGGAGAGAGGGAUGUGAGCGUUUAGAAAUUAAUAUCUAUUAUUAAUAUAUAUUAAUAGCUGUGUUAUAACCUGUGUUGUUCAGACCUCACCCGAGCCAACUCCACAGUUAGUACGAGGGGGCUGGUAGUGUCAGAGCCAGGCUAUUUCAAGAGAAAAUAUUUUAGAGAUAGUGUUUUUCACACAUACACAUCACACAUGUCUGAAUGUUGCAUGUUUGAAAGGGGCUGUAGUCUUAAAGAUGCCAAAGGUAAGAUGUUUCUGAUCAUAUUCACUGAAACCGAUCCGCACUUCUACCCCCACCUAGCCUGUUAUUGUUAUGCAAAAAUCCACCGCUUCCGGUUCUUCUGGUCCAAUAAGGGCAGGGCUAUGUGAUCAUUGUGUGGAUUUCAUUUUCUUUCAAUGAAACCUCAAGAGCUCUCAAAACACGUAUAGGCUAUUUUGCUUUAAACUAAAUCCGCUUUGGGUUGCACUGUGCAUACAAAAAUGUAUGUUGUCUGAAAAUAAAAACAUAAAAGGUAGGCCCGGUUUACCAUAAAAUUGAGCAAGCAUUUGUACUGUUAUACUUUAUAAAUUAGAAAGUCUAUCAAAAUGUUGAUUGCCUGUGCUACUGAUAAAAUACAGAUGGAUCAUUAACUAUAUUUCUAUAUUUG